AUGCCUCGACUCAAUCUUCAAUGCCUUGUCUUGCUCGGACUCUCACUCAGCCAGCUCUUCAUCGGGGAUCCAAGCCAUCCUGUUGCUGUGAAGGUUAACCGGACAUCUAAUUCUGUGCUGGUUGCUGGGAACACGGCGGUGCAGGGAAAGACCACAGGCCCGUUGGUGCAGAGUGUGGGGUGGGUGAUGACGGGGUGGAGUGUGGAUAAUGAGAAGUUGAGCUUGGGGUGGACAGUGGCGGGGAUGGGGAAUGCGAGUUUUGUUUAUUCGAAUUCGAACGUUUGGGCGGUUUUUGGGGAUGUUGGUGCGGACAAUUUUUUCUUAGGACAAGGGACCUGCUGGAGGUUGAGUUGCGAGGGGCUGCAGUGA